AGGCCAUUCGCGUAGGAAUGCGAGCAAUAGAAGACGUAAUCAAUCGCCGAUGAAUGAUCAAUCCAGCGUUUGAUCCCAUCACGAUACUCAGCGUUGUGAGAGUAUAGUUUAGGAUGGCGUCACUGAUCCUAGGCAACGUUCUCGCAAUUUCUCUGCUUCAUCCGAUUUUCACAGGUGCUUUCACAGGGCUAUCUAAAGUUUGCAUGUACGGUUCGGAGAAUUACGUGAGUGACGCCAUCGCCGGAUGUCUAAAAAACCUCGAGAAAAGAAAGCUGUUCUGUUCACCGGCUACAAGUGGACCGCCGAGGGAUUCAUGCGCACAGAUAAUUUGCAAAGAGCAGGCCGUCGCGCUCAGAUGUUUGACGGUGUUAUCCGUCGUCUGCAAGAAUGACGUCACGGGCGCGGUACACGUGCGAAAGCACAUAGCCCUGCUCAACGAGAACCGUGGCGCCACCUGUCGUGACUCGGACACGCUUGCACCAGCUGACGUCAGGAACUACGAUGGCGACGGUGGCGACGAUGACGAUGACGACGAGCGGUCGGUGAAUGAUUCGUCGUGUGCCGACGCGCCGACGCUGAGCGAGGCGAUCGAGCGAUGCGCCUACGACGUCGACAGUGCCUAUGUCUCUUAUGUCGACUGCUCGCGGGGUCUAAGUGACGUCGGCUGUACGCACAUGCUGUGCACCGCGGCGCGUAAAGCGCAUGUUUGUUUGGCGAGGAUUUUUCGUGACUGCGAUGAAGACCGGUCCAUCCUAUACGACCUAAAAUACCACGCCUCCGCCCUGAGGAGGGACUACGGCUCGUUGUGCCCUCUGCCGGAAUACUUCUACAACUUGAGCAGUAAGGAGCUGAAGCAGCUCAUCACAGGCGACGCCCCGCGGGCGCUCAAUACAUCCAGGACCACUAGCAGCGACGGAGAAGCAUACCACGGCGUGUUUGCGGCCACGAUCGUGAUCUUAUUGGUAGCAUUUGUCAUUUCCGGCAUCAUCGUAUAUUUACGCUAUGGAUUUCCGGGUUGGCGUUCAGGAGUCAUUUUCUGGCACCCGGUCCGACGGAGAGCUGCGGGGAACAACGAUAGUGUACUCGCUAACGUCGAUUCAACGGAUAUCAGCAACACACGUCAGAUGGCAUUAGCACACAUGCCGACAUCGCCUGAACCGUCUACUGUGGGCAGCGACCAAACGCAAGUUAUGAUCAGAGCGAAUGAGGAGACGUCACGCUUGUGAUAUAUAUGAUUAUAAGUUAUAUAACACACGAACAUUAUGCCAUAACUAAACAUAACUGGUCUAUCCUGCCUGCACAAUAAAAAUUGGGUCAAA